AUGGACGGCCAUGCGAAAACAGGCUCCGCAGCUUAUUGUUGUGUGCCGCUUUGUAAUGAGGACAGUCGUCGAGGUACAGCAACAUCCUUCCACUCUUUUCCAAAGGAUCCAUCUGUACGGAAAGAGUGGAUUAUUAAAAUACGGCGAGACGAAGGCCCCGACUUCCAUAUAUCAAACUCCAUAUUUGUGUGUUCAAAGCAUUUUAAGGAAGAUGAUAUUGUAAAAACAUUGACAGGACUAAGAAAAUUGAAGAAAGGCACAGUACAAAGUGUGUUUCCAUGGACUAAGAGUGCACCAAGCCGUAAACCACCCAAGAAGAGGGAAGGACCUCCUCAAGAAGAAACAUCAAUUAUUAAGAAGCAGAAAACAUCAUCCUCAAUCUCGUUAGACACAGACCAACAUUCAUCAUCAACUGCAACAUGUGCCAUUGAUACUUCAACAGAUAUGCCAUCUGAAGAGCAUGACUAUUGUCGCCAAGCACCAUCUCUUGAAGAAGAUCUUGAGGUAAUACACGGAUCAUGUAGUUCCUUUGAUCUUGGGGCAUGUUGA